GCUGCCUGCUAUCAUCGUUUUCCUGCCACCCCAGGUGAGUGUUGCGGAUAUGAACCAGAUUCAUCUCGGUUCAGGUUUCCCAAAUGAAACCCCACAGCUUGGUCUACGUCUACAGACAUCUUACAAGCAGGAUGCUGAGGUGAUGAUUGCCAGAGCCAGUGUUGAGUACACUGGUGGUCUAUCCAUCAUCAGCCCAGAAUGUGUUGAAAUUCUACACACAGAGUUCACAGAGGUUCUACUGAUGCCGACUCUGACCGUGGAGCCUUCAGGACGACAGGUGUACUCUGAGGACACAGUCACCUUGGCAUGUCAGUUACCUGGCCACUCUGGGCUGGGCUGGCAGUUCUACUGGCACAAAGACAGGCAGGACACUGGCCCUGUGGAGCAGAUGUGGGGCAGUGGUGGAGGUGGGGCGGUCUACCAAAUGUGGCGUGCCUCUGUCACACACACAGGCCAGUACUGGUGCAGAGCAGGGAGAGGACAGCCAGUCUUCUACACCCAAUACAGCCAGGCAGUCUCUGUUAAUGUCAUUGAGCUCUUCACAUCAGUGACUUUGUCAGCAUUUCCUUCGACCGUGGUCAAAGAGGGCGGGGCUUUCAACCUCACCUGUGAGGCCCAGUUUAGCAACUGCAAGCUGAGCCAACAUCAUGGUAACCACAGUCUACAUAGUCACCCUGAUCCUGACCGUAACUGGACCACAGUGGUUGUAACAUUCUCCUUCCUGAGGGACGGCUGGCCAGUGGCCAGGGACUCUGUCAGUGGGAUGUACAGCGUAGCGAGGGCUUCUAGGUGUCACAUGGGGACCUACAGCUGUGUGGCCAGAGCAGGCAGGGCCAGGAGGAGCAGUCAGGAGAUCAGCAUCACACUAGACAACCUGUCUCUGAUACUGGUCGCCUGCUUUGGCACCUUCCUGAUCCUCUCCGUGGCUCCAUUGGCAUUUUUUGUGAGACUAUACGCGAUGAGAUUAUGGCAGCUCAGAGGCAGAGGACAAGGAGAAUUGCAGUGCAAUGAGUGCAGUACAAUACAGGGACCAAAAUGGAGGACAGAUGUAUCUGGACCCAGCUGACUUGAGACACUUUCUAUAAUUUAUUACAAAAUUGGAGUGUAGAAUAAUAAACAUAUAAUUAUUUGGAGAAUUUUGACCAAAGAAUGUUUUUGUUUUAUUUUCAUCACACCCAAAUAAUACAUUGAUUCAAAACUGCAACAUGCCUGUAUUGUCAAAUAGAGCCAACUCUUUUCUCAUAACAGGUUCCAUAUUUUGUAAAGAAAUAACUGCCCACCACCAGUUGAUUAAAAGUGAGUGUCAGUGAAUCUCAACAGUGUAAGGCAAACUAUAAUAUGUUUGCCCUUAUGUUCCAUUUAUUGGUGAAUUGUUAGACCUAAAGGAUUGUAUGAUGAAUGAGCCAAGAUCUGAGAAUUGCAUUCUGUCUCCAUAUAAACUCACAAAAAAAGAAACGUCCCUUUUUCAGGACCCUGUCUUUCAAAGAUAAUUCGUAAAAUCCAAAUAACUUCACAGAUCUUCAUUGUAAAGGGUUUAAACACUGUUUCCCAUGCUUGUUCAAUGAACCAUAAACAAUUAAUGAACAUGCACCUGUGGAACGGUUGUUAAGACGCUAACAGCUUACAGACGGUAGGCAAUUAAGGUCACAGUUAUGAAAACUUAGGACACUAAAGAGGCCUUUCUACUGACUCUGAAAAACACCAAAAGAAAGAUAGUUAGAUAGAAAGACAGACAGCUGAUUGUCCUCACAGUGGCAGACCACGUGUAACAACACCUGCAAGGGAUCGGUACAUUCAAACUUCACACCUGUGGGACAGGUACAGGAUGGCAACAACAACUGCCCAAGUUACACUAGGAACGCACAAUCCCUCCAUCAGUGCUCAGACUGUCCGCAAUAGGCUGAGAGAGGCUGGACUGAAGGAUUGUAGUAGGCCUGUUGUACGGCAGGUCCUCACCAGACAACGUCUCCUAUGGGCACAAGCCCACCGUCGCUGGACCAGACAGGACUGGCAAAAGUGCUCUUCACUGAUGAGUCACAGUUUUGUCUCACCAGGAGUGAUGUUCGGAUCCGUGUUUAUCGUCGAAGGAAUGAGCAUUACACCGAGGCCUGUACUCUGGAGUGGGAUCGAUUUGGAAGUGGAGUGUCCGUCAUGGUCUGGGGCGGUGUGUCGCAGAAUCAUCGGACUGAGCUUGUUGUCAUUGCAGGCCAUCUCAACGCUGUGCUUUACAGGGAAAACAUCCUCCUCACUCAUGAGGUACCCUUCCUGCAGGCUCAUCCUGACGUGACCCUCCAGCAUGACAAUGCCACCAGCCAUACUGCUCGUUCUGUGCGUGAUUUCCUGCAAGACAGGAAUGUCAGUGUUCUGCAAUGGCCAGCAAAGAGCCCGGAUCUCAAUCCCAAUCCCAUUGAGCACGUCUGGGUCCUGUUGGAUCGGAGGGUGAGGGCUAGGGCCAUUUUCCCCAGAAAUGUCCGGGAACUUGCAGGUGCCUUGGUGGAAGAGUGGGGUAACAUCUCACAGCAAGAACUGACAAAACUGGUGCAGUCCAUGAGGAGGAGAUGCACUGCAGUACUUAAUGUAGCUGGUGGCCACACCAGAUACUGACUGUUACUUUUGAUUUUGACAUCCCCUUUGUUCAGGGGCACAUUAUUCAAUUUCUGUUAGACACAUGUCUGUGGUACUUGUUCAGUUUAUGUCUCAGUUGUUGAAUCUUGUUAUGUUCAUACAAAUAUUUACACGUUAAGUUUGCUGAAAAUAAACACAGUUGACA